UGUCCUUGGAAAGGAGGACUGUUAAAGCAUAUCUUUUUAUAUUUAUAUAAUUACUUACCUGGGUGACUGACGCAAUGGCCAUGAAACCACAAUGCCAAGAUGUGCUCACAAAGCAGCAGGAACAUCUGAAAAGGCAACGAGAAGCUGUCAAAUACAGAAUUAAAAAGCUGACUGCAAAACAAACGGAGAUUACAAAAAAAUCCACAGCAGUGAGGGAAAACAUUUCCAAAAAGUUUGAAGAUAUAAAAAGAGUGCUAGACCAGGACUUGAAAGUCACGUUAAACCAGCUGGAAAUGGAAGCGAAUGCAGCUCUGUUUAGCAUUGACAACCUCCUAGAGAAAUGUAACCUGGUUACUCAAGACAUUGAGAUGGAAUUGUCUGAGCUCAAUGCACAGCUGGAACAGAACAAUCAACAGGAGCAACAUAUAAAGACGAAUUUACAAACCGAAGACAGAGUUACAGCUAUUAUGAACAUCAGUUUCCCUGAUUCCAUCCAACUGGAUGACUACAAGUCUAAUCAGAUCCUAAGCUUGAUCAACAAUCUGUUCCUGUUCAUUCGUGCUCAGAUUCCCAUAACCAGAAAAGUCUUUGAAAGCUAUGUCACAGAGGUGCGGCUGGACCCCGACACUGCUCAUCCUAAUCUGGUCAUUUCCCCAGAUGGCACCACUGCCACCUACACAAAGGAAUGGCAGGAAUUUCCAGAGAGCGCGGACCGCUUUGACACUACCCUGAAUGUGAUUAGCUGUGAUGGCUUCUCAGAUGGGAGGCUCUACUGGGAAGCGGAUGUGGAGGGUAAGACGUACUGGGAGCUGGGACUCACGUAUCCCAGAAUACCCCGCAAGGGCAGGGAGGAGACCUGCUGGCUGGGGAGAGGUGAAGAGUCUUGGUGUGUUGAGUUUUUUAAUGGGGACUACACAGCAUGGCACAAUGGAGUCUCUCAUCAUCUCCCCAUCAGCAAAAACUUCAAGAAAAUCGGAACCUACCUGAGCUAUCCAGCUGGACUUAUAUCGUUCUAUGGCAUUGAUGACCAGACCCACCUGUUCACAUUCUGCGCUGGCAGGUUCAACGAAACCCUCCAUCUUGCUGUAUGUCCUGGCCAUGACAAUGAAGGCUCCAACACUAAGCCCAUUAAACUCUGCAGUGCUGUGAAAACAUGAACAUGUUCCUAGAGGUACUUUUAUAGCAGGUAGAAAAUGAGGCAUCUUGGAAAAAAAAACAGGAUUUAAAGGAUUAAAAGGCUUUUUCUUUUUCAAGGUAUGUUAAAGAGCAAAUGUGAUAAAAGUAAUUUGACAUGCCAGUAUUACUUAGAUUGAAUAAGGGAUAUCAAUCCCUUAAGUGUGGUCUAUUGUGUGAGAGCAUAAAUAUAAUUUAAGGCAAAGAUAAAAAGAAAUGAUAAAUUUUACAUUCUCAGAAUUUACAGAUUUUUCUCUUCCAUCUACAGAACUAGAUUCUUAAUUUCUAGUAUCUAAUACAUUGUACUUUUGAUUGUACAAUUUCUAAGUAAAAUGCAAAAGUUAAGAAUAAUUUAAGACAAAGCUACACUAGAGAGAUUAACAGAUGGUUAAUGCUUAUUCAGUGGAAAUAGUCCACAGUGAAUGGAGGCAUGUCAAUGUAAAAUUAAAAAACUCAACACAGUGCUUAAAUUACAUUUUUGGUUGAUGAACUGUAUGUUUAGUGCAAGCAAGUCCUA